CUUUAGGUUUGACAACGCAAAGAAACUUGACCAGAAAAGGAAGGACGAUCUUGCAGAAGGAUGGUGUACAAGCUCAUUGUUGCACUUGCAGUCGUUGCUCUAACUUCUUCACACGAAUUAACGAUGAAUGGUGGGAGAUGUUUAUGCCUUCGAACUACAGAUAAGAUGGUGUUUCGUCCUAACCAGCUUAAGACGAUAGAAAUUCUCCCUCAAUCUGCCUCGUGUGAAAAUGUGGAAAUAAUAGUAAACUUGAAAAGUGGCAGACAAAUAUGCUUGGAUCCCAAUGCAAACCAAAUAAAAAAUAUUUUCCAGCAGCUCAUCAAGAAGAAGGGAAAGAAAAACGAUAAACCCAGAAACUGAAUAUUUGUCAAGAAAAUUAUCUGAUUUGUGGAGCAGGAGCCUAGGAACUUUACCUGAUUUAGUGUUGUGAUUCACAAAAUGUGUCAUUUGAGCCAUUGGCUGACAAAGUAUUAAUUUUUUUAAGUUAAUAUAUUGUGCUGCAAGUGAUUGUUUGAAGUUCAAGAAGAUGCAUUCAUUAGAGAACAGAUUGUAUUUUCUUAAUUUCUGUAAUAUACUGUACAUUAUGUUUUAUACAAUAAAUACCAAAGCAACUUUCAGUCUGUUUUCUAUUGUUUUAG